ACUACAUCUACAUCUAUCAAAAGCUAUAGCCCUCCAAUCAAAGCAUAAUGUGUUAUGAAGCAAAGCAUAUGUUCUUUUUCUCUCAUGUUUACGUUAGCAAUUUAGCAUAUGCAUUUGCAUUAUUUUGGACUUAACAAGUUUUGUUUCAACUUGCAAAAUCAAAGUUCUUGUAGAAAAAUUGCGAAAAUAUGGAGAUGGAAAUGGGACUCAAACUAACAAGAGCUGCUGAUGAAUUCUCCUCUACUGAAUUCCAAUUUGCAAAAGACAGAGCUGGCCCGCUUUUCCAGUCUACAGAAACAGACAAAAUGUUCAUCCUUACAGUCCAUUUGAAAGGUUACAUACAAAAAAACAUAAAGAUUGAUAUUAAUGAGGAAGGAACAAUAAUCACGAUAAGGGGUGAAAAGCCGAUUCAGGAAACUGUCUUGGUAGGGUGGAAGUUGAUCAAGAAAGAUGUCGAAAUCAGAAAAUUUAGUAAGGCUUUCAAGAUACCAGAUGGGGUUAUUUUGGAUAAAAUUAAAGCUAGAUUUGAUGAGGAAAAAUCCAUAUUGACAGUUAAAAUGCCAAAGAAAGUGAAAGGAAUUCUUGGAACUGAAUUUGUUGAAGUGAAGGAACAUGAAGAUUUACCAAUUGUAGCUGACAAGAUUUCUAAAAAGGUCACAUUUAAAGAAGAUACGGUUAAGCCGACAUCCUCAAUUGAUCAAGAGUCUACUAAACAAGCAGAGGAAAAUCAAGAAAAGGGGAAUGACAUUGUGCAAUUACCAUCCAGUAUCCAAAAACCACGUGAAGUACUCGAAAAACACGUUGUUAAGGAUGAUAUUCCUCAAAUGGACAAGGACUCAACACCAAAUGUCGACUCAAACAUCAAGAACAACGACACAAUUCAAGAAAAAAGAGAGCCUCAGGGAGAUUUUGUAGGUCGCGAUGAACCUGAAUCUUUGAGUUCUAGAGUUGAGCCUAAAGAUGAUCAAACCAGUGAAAAAACAAGGAAAAAGGAAGAUGAUAAUGUGCCCAAGAGGACUAAUAAAAUUUGUGUACCUAUUGUUGCAGGCUCAGCUUUAAUAUUAUCUCUUGUAGUGUUUGUCAUUCAUUUCAUCAGAACUAAGAAUCAGUCUGGGAAAAGAAAAGGUUAAAAAGCUAACAACAUAGCAUGGAUGUUAUUAGUUUUUAAAACUUUUCAUUUUCUUUAACUUCUUUAUUUGAUUGUAAAAAAUAGAGUUUGAUGAUUACUAGGUUCAAUUUGUUGUGUUGUUAUGAGUGUGUCCUUGAUCCUUAAAAAGCCUAUGGUUGUUAUUAGCACUUUCUAUAAAAUUUUCA